UAGCUCAAUUGGUUUAUAGUCUAUCUGUAUUUGAAUAUGAGUACUACAAUACUUGAAUUGAUACAUUAAAUACACAAGUUAGGCGUAUCAUCUCAAUCAGUUUGACUUCUUCAUUUGUUCUUAGAAAUCCUAAUUCUAAUGCUGUUGAUCACUCCCAAAUCAGUACAAGAACCAUAGUUGGCCAUUCCACCACCACCACCACAAUUCCUUUCUCCGUCCUCCAUCUUCUUCCAUUUCCUCUCUCAACAUCCACCACCUGACCACCACCACCCACAAACCAAAAACCCCAAAAAUGCCAGAGUACCUCACCCCUUCUCUCCCCCUCCUUCCCCUCCCCCUCCUGAGCCUCCUGGCCCUCCUCUCUCUCCUCCUCCUCUACUUCCUCUCCCACACCACCACCACCACCACCAAAAGAAACCCAUGCCCCGAAUCCCACCCCAUCCUCGGCAACCUCCUCUCCUUCUUCCGCAACCGCCACCGCUUCCACGACUGGGUCACCCACCUCCUCUCCACCACCACCACCACCAUCCAAGUCAACGGCCUCCUCGGCCUCUCCCACGGCGUCUGCACCGCCGACCCCGCCGUCGUCGACCACCUCCUCCGCUCCAACUUCGCCAACUACGUCAAGGGCUCCCGGUUCAGCUCCGUCCUCCACGAGCUCCUCGGCCUCGGCAUCUUCAACGUCGACGCCCACCUCUGGACGGCCCAGCGCAAGAUUGCCAGCCACGAGUUCAACACCAAGUCGCUCAAGCAGUUCGUGUCCGAUACGGUUCAGUCACAUCUCUCACACCGGUUGAUUCCGGUUCUCUCGGAGGCGUGCGAUGGUGGGCUAACCGUCGAUUUGCAAGAAGUUUUCCGAAGGUUUGCUUUCGACAAUGUGUGUAAUGUAGCGUUUGGUGUGGACCCCGGAUGGCUAGACACAAACAGGACGAAGACUGCCAGUAAUUCGGUGAAUGCGUCAUUCGUUCAGGCAUUUGAUUAUGCAGUGGAGCUAACUUCAGACAGGUUCAUGACACCUGUGCCUGCGGUGUGGAAGAUUAAGAGGUUUCUCAACAUUGGGAGCGAGAGAAAAUUCAAAGAAGCUAUUGCUGUCAUCGAUGAUUUUGCUAUGAAUAUGAUCAUAUCAAAAGAGAGAGAAUACGAUCAGAUCAAAGAAGAUAAAGUUCAGGACCACAGCCAAGAUUUGCUAUCAAGAUUUAUGUCUUCAACCUCGAGUUUUGGAUUUCGUGAUCAAGAUGAGAGGAGGAAGUUCCUGAGAGACAUUGUGAUAAGCUUCAUUCUAGCAGGUAAGGAUUCGACCUCAACAGCAUUGACUUGGUUCUUUUGGUUGAUUGCCGGCCACUCUCAGUGUGAGCGACUGAUCUAUGGCGAGUUAGCAGCAGCAGUUAAAGCAUCGCCGGCAGGUUUGCCUACUGAUUUCAGUUAUGAUGAACUGAAGAAGCUAAAUUACUUGCAUGCUGCGUUAUCAGAGUCACUCCGGCUGUUUCCACCGGUGCCAAUCAAUUCUAGAUUGGCUCUGGCGGAUGAUAUUUUACCUGAUGGGACCUACGUGGGCAAGGGGUGGUAUGCCGAUUACUCAGCUUAUGCAAUGGCUAGGAUGGAGAAGCUGUGGGGACCAGAUUGCAGGGAGUUCAAGCCGGAGAGAUGGUUGAACAUUGAUGGGGUUUUUCAGCCAUCGGAUCAGUUCAAGUUUCCCGUGUUCCAUAGUGGACCUAGAAUGUGUUUAGGGAAGGAUAUGGCUUAUUUGCAGAUGAAGUCUAUUGCUGCGGCUGUGAUGUAUGAGUUUGAGAUUGAGGUCGUUGAUGGAGGUGGUGAUACACGGAAGAUGAUAGACCCGCCUUACACGUUGUCUCUUCUACUAAAGAUGAGAGGGGGGUUGCCUGUUCGGAUGAAGAGGAGGCCAUAGCCCAACCACCACCCUUCUGUUGGUCGAUGGCUCGAUGCCAAGUUAACUCGUUAGAGACUUUCCUGUAAGAUAACGACAGCACUGCAUGCUUCACAAAUUCGCGAACACUUAACGCGCGAUAGUGUGUCCCAUAUUUACCUAUUCCUACCAGUUAAGACAUGCUUUAGCAAGCGUUUUUAAUCAGCGCACUGGAGAUGCUCUUAGGGAGUAGAAAUAUCGCUGUCACGUAAAAUGUCAUAUAGGAUAAGCAAAUGUUGUGCUCUGUCAUUUGGUCCCCACCCUAGUUCUUUCAAUGUUCUUAAGUUAUGUGAUGUAAGAGGUCCUUUUGUCAAUGUGAUGAGAUAUUGGAACCCCAGUCCUGUAUGCUAUGCAUCUUGUGACCUAACAAUGUGAGUAUGUCUGUGCUGCAAUAUUUCUAUUAAAUAAGACGGCAUCGUUUUUCCGAUA